AUGUGCGCCGCGCUUCCGGCCUCGAUCUGCCUCUCUUCCUCCUCGUCGGCGGUCGGCUCGGCCAGCAACUCGCGAAAGUCCUUCUCGAUGGAGGCGCUGCCCGCACGGCACCGCCCGGUCGCGUCCCCGCCGGCCGCCGCUCCGCUGAGGCCCGCCUCCUUCUCGACGAUCGGAGAGCUGCGCGCCGCCGCCGCCGUGGUGCGGCGGCCGCCGAGCAGGGAGGGGGCGGGAGGGGACGGCUCGCUCUCCCCCGCGAGGCCGCUUUCCCGCGAGGGUCAGCGAGUCGACUCGCUCGGCGUCGCGUGGCCGGCCGCCUCGUCGCAAUCGCAGGCGGACCUGCUCUUCCGCAUGUCCGGCCUCGGCCAGGUGCAGGAGUUUGUGGAGGGAGGCAGCCUGCUGCACGCGCUCGGCCCGAAGCCGCCCUCGACGCAGCCGCCCUCGCGCACGCCGGACAGCUCCAGCCCUGGUCCAGACUUCAACCCGGUGGACGACCACGAGGCGAGCGAUUUCGUCGAGCGGCGCGUGCUCGGGCAGGGCGCCUUUGGGCACGCGGUGCUGUGGGAGUCGCGCCGCAACGGGCUGCUCGUCGUGGCGAAGAAGCUUCUCAUCGCCGGCACCACCGACUUCCGGAAGCUGGAGAACGAGGUUGCGAUCUGCGCGUCGCUCCGCCACCCCAACAUCGUGCAGUACUUGCGCACGUCCCACAACGACACCUACCUCGUCCUCAUGCAGGUCCUCCACCGCGACCUCUCCGCCUCCAACGUCUUUCUCUCUGCGGCGGGCGACAUCAAGGUCGGCGACUUUGGCCUCUCGAAGACCACGGGCGUCAACGCGUCCCGCUCCGCGCUGGCGACGACGAUGUGCGGCACGCCAAACUACUGCUCGCCCGAGCUCAUCAACGGCGAGCCGUACGGCGCCGCCUCCGACGUGUGGGCCAUCGGGUUGAUUGCGUACCAGCUCUUCACGCUGAGGCACCCCUUCGAGGCCUCCUCCGUCUCGCAGCUCUUCCGCCUCAUCUGCGCCGGCAAGGUCGACACGGCCGCCCUC